UUUUCUCUUCCUUAUAUUGAAAUAAGGCAUAUAUCUCCCAUGUAAGCCUUAUACUGCUAUACGUUAUAGAGCAGAACGACGUGGUUCAGAUGGCUGACAGUACAUUACAUGAUCACACACUGACUGGUUAAGGUCUUUACACUCAGAUUUCGAUGGCCUUGUUAUCCAAUAUGACUUUUAAUAUGACUUUUAUUUUGAUUCUUAGUUUUUUUUCAACAGAAUAUUGGGACACAGGCUGUGCAGAUUCCUAAACCUGUUGUGCAAAUUGUGUCUCCACGUUUAGGCCACACGGUCGACGCGCCAGCACGGCAAACAGGUCGUGUCUCCACUCUUAAUAACCUUUUGAAAUAUUUUAUAACAGUUUCAGUGUAUGACUAGCAUUUAGCAAAGAACAUGCCCCUCAUAUUCCAAACCACCCUCCUGAUUUCUGUAAAAGAUAGACAGGAACAUGGGCAGGAUGUUUAUACAGCAAAAUGUAAACAUUUUCCCUGGCCUUCUUUAAAUAAAAAAAAUCAAGCAAAAGCCCCGUUUAGAUCAGCUAAUACUCAAUCUGAUGCGAUAUGCCCGUCUGCUCGCAGCGUCUUGUGUAGAUGUUGGACACUUUUACACAUGAGUAUUAUUUGUGCAAUGCAGUCAUAAUAUUUACGCAGGGACGCAGGAGGAGUGAGGUGGAAGCUCUGCCGUACUGCAAGCACAGAAACUCGGACGGGGACUUGAGAUCGACUCCUGCAGGCAGUUUACCAUGGAACAAUCCAGGAAUUAAGGAAGAUUCAGGCCCACAAAGAGAGUGGGAGCCUUUUUUGGUACCCCACCCUGCAGCCCUGCACACCUCCCAGGGCCGGUCCAUCAUGGUCUGUCUGAUGCAGGGACAGACAUCAAUAACAAGAGCUGAAGCAGAAACCACAGUGAAGAAAAAGAAAAGAGAGAGGGGAGGCAGGCGCAGGCCACAACAGGCUCCGCUUCAGGCUGGAGUGGGCAGGCGUGCGGCUUUGGCCACAGGAAGUUGUGAAUUCUUUGGAGAAUGGAAGAUGUCUUAUGGGGAGACAUACUGGCCCCCCACCCCACCCACUCGCCAUCCCAAAAUGACACCUGACCCCUUCAUGUGUUUAUAUCAGGUCAUGGAAGUGAGAAAUAGUGAUGAGUCACUCUGGCUGUGUGUUUACACUCCAGAGUCACGCAAGGAAGGAAAUCAGCCACGGUCUGCUAAAAGUGGCGAGGUGAGAGAGAAUAGCUGCAGUCCACCAGAGCUGCAGUGAUUUACCUCUUCGGGUCAGAAUUUAUUUCACGUCAUCUCUGCUGCAAAAGACACUCGACCAACAGAAAACAGCAACUUUAGACUGCUGUCGAGGGAAAAGGCGAUUCUGAUUGCCUCAAGGGCUGAGGCAAGAUGUAAAAAUGAGCAUAAAAAGCAGGAUGAUUCAUCGAGAGAACAUGUGAACUUUAAAAAUUCUUAUGAGAUACACAGUGUUCAUUGCAUCCAGUUGCUUUCUUAUCAAGACAGGUCAAACACACUUCACUGUCACAGGAUGAAAACCUGUAGCUCCACACACUGAAUGUUUCUUCAGCUCAGAAAACAGUUUUCAGCUUGAUGAAAGCACAUUUCACUUUGGAGUUCAUGGUGAAAUGUUUUCCCUUUUUCUGAGCUAUAAGGAGACCAUCUAAUUGCUCACAUUUAAAGAUAAAAAUCACUAACUUCAAUUAUGUUUACUCAUGAUAAGCACUCAGCAGUAAUGCCAGAUUCUGCACUGAUAGAGUUCAACAAAAAUAUUCCAGAUUUCAGUAUUUUUUCAUUAUGAUUGAUGUUGAUCUUAAGCCAAAAAAGAGUUGAAUAAUUAGGAUUUUCUGCAAAAGUAAAAUGUAGAAAUGUAAAGUAAUCAAACAAUUCAGUGCCUUAACCGAACACUUACCUGAGAAAAGAUUAUACACCACUUUCUUAAAUAUUUACAAGUAAUUUUUUUCUGACAUUUUGUCUGACAUUGUGUCCAUCACAGUUAUAUCCCAGGUUACAAAACAAGUUUAGAAAAAACCUCACAUAAUUAGCAUAAUAGUGCAUAUAAUUAUUUAUAUUUUAUUUUAAAAACAGGUUAGCAAGUGUCACCUCUAAUGACUCUGAUAUGUGCGCUGGUGAAGAGUUCCUCUGUGUAGCUCAAGCACGUUCGAGGUAGACACGGUGCUCAGGUCUUCACACUCAUCCCUUAAACCGUCUUGACAUUACAUUUCAGUAGCUUCAUCUUGGACAUCAUACAACACUCUGUUCAUGAGUUUAUAUUAACAAUAACAGAUAUGCCUCGCAGGUUUCUGUGCACAUUGUGGUCCCAUAAUAUUUUAAUGAGAAUUUGCUCAUUGUUCCAGGCGUUAUGAGCAUUACAAAAUGUGUUUCUGAUAUAUGUGAAUGAGUGAUCUUACAGAAUCGCUGCUGUGUGAACCACGCUGGACACGUGUUGCAUGGUGCUCUGGAGGACAUUAUGUUCAGUGUACUGUGAGGUGUGUUUACUGCGACUAAGACCAGUGUUUCAAACACAGUGUCAUUGUCGUCCUUUACACUCAGCGACUUUACAUUUCAGAUUGCACAACUGUUGUUUCCAUGAGACGACUGUAGUUACUGCAUUUGUGCUCUGUAAAUAAAAGUGACACUUUAUUUCUUUCCAUCAUUACACUGGUGCAAGUAACUUCAUUGCUGACUGAAGUGAGUAUCCUGUUACACACCCCCAUACACGCCGCGCCACAAUGAGAGAGUCAGUGGCUCUUAUUUUGGCUGAUCUCUCCUGAAUUGUAAGUCCUGUCAGGGGCUUUGAUUGAUAGUUGUGUUUAUCACCAUAUUAUUAAGUAAUCAGGCUCACCACAGCUGGGCCUGAAGCUCCUUAAUUCCAGCUAAAGCACACGGCUUCAUGCUAAUUAAAGGUUUGACGAAGGUGUUUAUUUUUGUGAAUUUUUAAAAUAUAGUUGUCUGUGUUUCUAUGAGAGUAUGCUGAUUGUUGCAUUUGUAUCCUUUCUGGAACAUUUAGUACCAACCUUUAGUGUUAUGUCAUCUGUAGAAAGAUCAUGGUUAUUAUUGACAAGGACAGUGGAGGGAAAACAUGCUGCAUAAACUCCAUGUAGAGUGUGAAAAUCUUGCUUUUAAGUACAUGACGAUAUGCAGUUCUACCUGUUCAAGAAAUGCACGGUACGCUAUCUCGGUGCAUAACAUGGGCGAGUCAGUCAGUCCAUGUUCUGUGUAUCAGCAGAGGUUCCCUCUCGCUUGGUUAAUAGAGCCUGCGGCAGGCUGCGUUUGUGUAUUCCUGAGGUAAACACAGUCAUGGCAAAGUGGACAUGCUGCUGAGUGUGUCCUGACUGGAGACAGAGAGCACUGUGGCACUGUACUGACUGAGACACUGGCAGCUCUCUAGAAGUAGGGUUAGUGUGAUGAAUUGCCAUUUGGUAAUGGGCCAUGUAUUAGGGUGAAAUAGCUCUUUUAAAAGCCCGAGCUCUGGCUGUUGUUAUGGGCAAUUUGAUUCAAGAAUCAAUCAGGUGGCAGAUGUUUCAUGUUGGAUCAGUCGACUCUGUCUUGCUCUCUCUUUCAACCAAAUGGAUGGAGAACUGCUUGAAUGACCGCAUGUAGCAAUGAUGGAAGUUCAUGCAGUCGAAAACAUCAGCGAUGCCAUAUUGUUUAAAGAAAAUCAUAGACAAAAACAAUUAAACCAGUUUUAGGAACUGUAUACACAAACUGAUUGAUCCUUAAACAAGGUGAAAUGUGACAUCCACUCCAGUGUCAGCUAGCAAGGCUUUACAGUGUGACAAAUACCUACAUUUGUGUACCCUGUACAUUCACAUUUAGGAGUUUUAGUGAAAUGCAUAAUGCAGAAAGUUUUUCGUAUCCCACACAAAUAUUUGGAGGUUUAGUGGUGUUAAUAGAAUUCUGAGGGUGUUUUGUAAAAUAAUAGUUCCCAAAUCUCCUGUUACUGUUACACUGUAUUUCUUACUACAUUAUAUGUUACAUACUACAUGUUAAUUUAUUUAUGUUUUUAGAUACUUAAAGGCUCAUCUUGACAUGAAUAUGUUCUACUGCUACAGUGCUAAUUAGCAUUUCUUUCACUUUUUCAUUAAAAUUUCGCUUAACACAAGUUAAAAUUUGUUGUCCCUAUUUCGUCUAGUCUUAUUAGAGCAGCUGUACUGUGUAUUUGCUUUGCUUUUCUCCAGUUUCAUCAUGCACCAGAUUGGUCUCAUCUAAUGUAAUCUAAUCUAAAAGUCAUAAGUCAGUAUGCAAAGACACAAACACACAAUAUAUAUUAAAAAAAGUCAUCACUCUGCCUUUUAACUGGACUCUGUCAACAACCUCUUUUGUUCUGAGUGGAGUUUCUUUGAUUAUAAAAGAUUAUAAUAAAAAAGCAGACUAAAAAUACAUG